AUGUCCAUCAGUCAGCUUGAUCCAACCCUGUUAACACUUAGCCCAUUAAGUGACCGUUUGGCACCCCCUCCUCCUGGAAGUCAGGCAAGCGGCCCCGAUGUGACAGGCCUCACCCUUGCUUCCGACCUUUCGAUUGUAUCUGGAGCUCAAUCGCCUCAUCUCAACACAUCGGCUGAAGUGGCUGGUGGGAAGAAGAAACGAUACCGCCGAACUCAGAAGGAAAUGGCAGCGUUUCUCUCAGAGCAGGCCAAUAUUAAAAAGAUCAAGGCCCUUGAAAAAGCGAAGGAGAAGCGGGCGAAAAGCCGUGGUCGUGGUGGUACUUGUCGUUUAACCCAGACAUCGGCCUCGGAACAAUCACAGGCCAACUUGAAUCAAGGCUCGGCCCCGGUGACAUCACAGCCAUUGGUCCCGGACCCCAACCCUCCAUUCAACUCGGAUGACUAUGAGAAUGUGUGUUCGUACCUUGAGGAGGAAGCGAACUAUACUAGGCUCUAUGGCGAUGGUUCAAAGACAUCGGUUGGGAAGAAUAAGGUUACUAAGGGUGCGGCCUAUGACAUGUUUGCAAUCUUUAUCAACAGCAGUUCAAACCUUCGGCUUCGUCUGUCUGGGAGCCAACUUCGCCAACGGAUCAAUGGGUACAAGAAGCAAUUCAUGAAGGCCAAAGACUUCGCCAAGAACACCGGGGCUGGGAUUGAAGAAGGCGAUGGCCUACCGACUCUUGCCGAGCUGCUUGAGAAGAAAUGUCCGUGUUAUGAACGGAUGUACGCUAUAUUUGGCGUGAAGGCGAAUGUGACCCCUUUGGCGCAGUUUGACUCCGGUGUAGGUGCCAACCUAUAUGCCGAUGCUUCGAACGUGCGGGACGGUGAAGAACCGACUUUAUCGCCAGAGGUCUUCUACUCGGGAUGGGAAGAGAGCGAAGUGGAUCAACCCCCUUCGGGUGCAAAUACCCCCGCAGCCGGCCAGGAUUUGAACCGCUGUCAAAGUGCGAUCGCUCACCUCACAAGCCUUAAUAUCCCCAACUCCGAUGCGGAGGGGGACCUGGACGAUGAUCUCCUCCCCCCACCCCUGGACUUCAGUGGGACCGCGAUGGAUCCCUCGCCCAGCCUGAUGACUCAACGAUUGAUUGCACGGGCAACUCAAGGUUCUGCUAAUCCAGCGGGCUAUAGUGGGGCAUCGGUCCCUUCGGUCUCCCAGUUAACCACUCGAGACCCAGGGGGUCCUUCCCCAGCAAACGGAGUUAGUACCAGCCGCCGCGCGUUUGCUAAUCAGCAAUCGACCGAAGCCAGCCCUGCGGGACCGGUCCGAGAGGGUAAUGGGAAACAGAAAACGACGUUGGCUAGUGCGUUCGAAAGCUCAAACACUGAGAAAUUUGCAUAUCUGAAGGCGCACAUGGAGUGGGAGAAGCAGAAGGAAGAUAACCGACUUCAGUGGGAGAAAGAACAAUACAAUAAGGAGGCCCAACGGGCGACCGAGGGUGCUCAAGGACUAGCUAAAUUGGCCGAAUCAAAGUUGAACGCCGCGCAAAUGUGGAUCAACCAAGGCAAAUCGUCGGCCGAGGUUGACCUCCUCUUGAAGGCAAUCUAUGGAUGA